UUUUUGGACGUUAACAAGGCGACACUCUACGUCUUAACUCCUCGUCCACAUUUUCUGGAUUGGUUGAACAGUGCUGAAGAGAACCUCCUAACAUUUAAAAACAAAUUUCAUCAAGACCAGAAUGUGGGGGAUCUAGUUUCAGGAGUUUUUUAUGCUUGCUGCGUUAGGUUAUAAAGUUUUUGUUUAAAGUUACCGUAAUGCCAUGUGCGUCCAAUUUUAUAUAUAUGUGCAUUUGUAACAGCCAAAUCAUUUAUGAAACUUAUAUUCGUUCAAAUAAGCAAGACGUAACAAAUUAGCAAUCAAUUACAUUUGUGUUGACCAAAUUCGACAUUCUCAUUGACCUACAUGCACAAAUUCCUCACUUCGUGGUCUUAUUUUCGUGGAAAGAUUUUGGGCGAACUAAAUCCUCUCACUUCACCUCUUGCACUAUGAUUUGAUCUUUGCUGUAAAGCGGCUUAGAGUAGAUCAUGUGACUAGAAAAACAUGACACACCGAUCAGGAAGCAGAGUGUAGGCCGAGCAGACUGUCAAGACAGAACUCAUUAAGGUCUUGGGGAGACUCCCAAUGUGUCAACGAUGGCCUACCAGUACGGAAAAGUGCAGGAUCCAAAUGUGCUUACUCAGACGAUAAUCUCCAACAUCCAAAAGAUCGCACAACAAACAUCUGAAAUACAGAGUAUUGUGGAUAAGUUGGGAACCCCACAAGACACAACUGAGCUCAGACAGCAUCUGCAGCAGAAACAGCAGAAUGUCAACCACCUUGCCAAAGAAACAGACCGAAGUGUGAAGCAAUUUGGCUCUUUGCCUGUCACAACUGAACAGCGCCAGAGAAAGAUCCAGAAAGACCGAUUUAUCAAUGACUUCUCCAAUGCACUGGCCAAUUUCCAAAAGACACAGAGGCAGGCUGCUCAGAAAGAGAAGGCGUUUGUUGCCAGAGUCCGUGCCGAGUCCAGAGUGUCGGGUGGCUAUCCUGACGACAGCUUUGGAGGAAAUGGAAACGUCUUUGAAAGUGGGGGGCAGGCCCAGGUCCAGUCACAGUCCCAGGAGGUGGCCAUCACUGAAGAGGACCUGCAGCUCAUCCAGGAGAGAGAGACUUCCAUCAGACAGCUAGAGUCUGAUAUUACAGAUAUAAAUGAAAUAUUUAAGGACUUGGGAAUGAUGGUCCAUGAGCAAGGGGAUGUGAUCGACAGUAUAGAGGCCAAUGUCGAAACUGCUGACCUUCAUGUACAGAAUGCCACCCAGCAGUUAUCACAGGCUGCAGACUAUCAGCGCAAAUCUAGGAAGAAGAUCUGCAUUCUCAUUGUCGUUCUGGCGGUUCUUGCUGUUGUCAUUGGUUUAAUCAUCUGGGCAUCAGUCAAAGGAUGAUGAUGCUUUUCAUAUACUCCUUGGUCCUGGCAUUUUAUUGAUUAUUUAGGACUAAGUUUGAGUUACAAAUCUCAUGGCCAUAAUACUAAGAAGAAUACACACAGCAUAGACUUGGAAUAGGCUUGUGUGAUACAGUACCUGCUAAUUAUUAUGGACUGUAGCCUAGUCUAUGCACCAGAGGCCAAGAAUUGUGCAAUGCUAAGUAAUAUCUUGCAUCACUUUUGCUGUCAAGUUCCUCAGUGCUGGCUUAUUUCUCUCUUCAAGCCUUUAUUUUAUAUGAAGCAAUUUAUGCAUUUUUAUUUAAUCUCACAAAGAUUCUCACUGUAGAAAUAAAUAUGUACAGUGCCUUCAGAAAGUAUUCAUACUGCUUGACUUAUUCCAUAUUUUGUUGUUAGUCUGAAUUCAAAAUGACUUAAACUGCUUUUUUCCCUCACCCACCUACACACCAUAUCUCGUAAUGACAAAGUGAAAACAUGUUUUUGACAUAUUUGCAAAUGUAUUGAAAAUGAAAUGCUGAAAUAUCACAUUUUAACAAGUAUUCACACCCCUUAGUCAAUACAUAUUUUGAAUGACCUUUGGCAG